AUGGCAACUCCUAUUACUGGUUUCCGUUUGGUAAAUGGUAGCACCUUGCCAGCCAUUGGUCUAGGAACCUUCCAAGGCAAUGAUGGAAAUGAGAAAGUAAAGAAUAUCGUGAAGGCAGCGAUCCAGGCUGGAUAUCGACAUAUCGAUGGCGCAGCAGCUUAUGAUAAUGAAAAGGCCAUUGGAGAUGCUAUCAAAGAAAGCAACGUUGAGCGUGCGUUAGAUUUGAGUUUGAAAGCUCUGGGCUUGGAAUAUGUUGAUUUAUAUCUUAUGCAUUUCCCCCAUGCCUACCUUCCAGGUCCGAAUAACGGUACGAUUCGACAUCCCAGCGGCAAUGAAAAGCCAGUGAUUGAUUAUGAGCGAUCUCGCAAGUACACAGAAACUUGGCAAGCAAUGGAGAAGCUAGUAGAAAGUGGUAAAGCGAAAGCUAUUGGCUUAUCCAAUUUCAACAUCCUCAAAACUAAACAAAUCUUGGAGGUUGCGAGAAUCCGUCCUGCGGUCAAUCAAGUCAAGGCGCAUCCUUACUUUCCCCAGCAUGAGCUUCUUGAGUUUUGCAAGAAAGAGCACAUCCAUCUCAUGGCCCACCAGCCGCUAGGAGGAAAGCCUGUUGGGGUGGUGGCUCCUCAUGCCGACAUUCAUGGACCUCUUUUUGAUACAAAGAUUGCUCAGAUUGCCGAUCAAACUAAUAUGUCCCCGGCACAGGUCAUUCUAUCAUGGGCCGUCCAGCGUGGCACUUCAGUAAUACCAAAGACUUCUAAUGAGAGUCGGCUCUCUGAGAAUCUCAGUGUUGCGCCACUAAGUGAGGAGCACUUUGCAAUCAUUGAUGACUUGACGACAACCAUUGAGAGUGGACCUGUGAGAUAUUUAGACCCAGGCAAACAUUUGGGUUUUGAUAUUUUUGACGAGGAACUUGAUCAGCCGGUAGAUAAUCAAGCUCCUUGGGAUUAG